GAGGCGUCUGGCAGUAGGUGUGAGGUGAUAUAGCCUGGCUCUCACCGCAGCCUGGCUCCUUGGCGUCUGAUGAUGAGUUUGACCCCCUCCAGGGGAUGCCUCCUGGACCUGCCCUGGGAAGACAUCUUGGUUCCACAUGUCCUCUGUCAUCUGCCACUGCAGCAGCUCCUGAGCCUGCAGAGGGUCAGCAAGUCAUUCCAGUCUCUCAUCCAGCUGUACCUGGCCAACAUGCGCUGCUUUGACUCAAGCCAGAUUGGACCUGCCAUCCCUCGAGCUGCUUUUGUUAACCUGCUGAAGGACAACGAAGUACUGCAGCAGCUGGUGCUCCAGAACUGCUCUGACUGGCUGACGGACAGGGAGCUGCUCCCGGUCAUUGGGCAGAACCACCACCUGCACCAGAUCCAGCUGAAGGGCUGUGCCCAGCUCAGCCGCCACGCGCUGGUGGCCAUCUCGCUGAGCUGCCCCAACCUGCGCUGGCUCUCCCUGGCUCACUGUGAGUGGGUGGACAGCCUGUCCCUGCGCAGCCUGGCUGACCACUGCAAGGCGCUGGAGGCUGUGGACCUGACGGCCUGUCGCCAGCUGAAGGACGAGGCCAUCUGCUACCUGGUGCAGAAGUGCAGCAGGCUCAAGUCGCUGUCACUGGCUGUCAAUGCCAACGUGGGCGAUGUGGCAGUUGAGGAGAUUGCUAAGUGCUGCCCUGAGCUGGAGCACCUGGACCUCACAGGGUGUCUGCGGGUCAAGAAUGACUCCAUCAGGGUCCUGGCUGAGUACUGUCCCAAGCUGCGCUCACUGAAGGUGAAGCAUUGCCACAACGUGGCUGAGUCCAGCCUGAGCAUCUUCCGAAGCCGUGGAGUGGAGCUGGAUGUGGAGCCUCCGCUGCAGAGGGCUCUCGUUCUCCUGCAGGAUGUGGUUGGCUUCGCCCCUUUCAUCAACCUCCAGAUCUAGAACUGCUGCUGCUGGGGAGGGGGGGACUGAUGCGACGCUGGGAUCCCAGGAGGAUGCCGGAACCGGCUGCUGUGGAGA